AUGCUGGACGAGAUAAAGCGAAUUGGCGGCCGCGACAGCAAAAUAACAAUAAAGGGGAAGCAGCUGACUGACAUCAACAUCCAGGAUGUGCUGGACGGACACGUGGACUACGACGACCUCGAGAAGGCGCAGAGGCUCCAGCUCCACAAC